GCUGUCGUGUCCAAGAGCAGCUACGGCAAGCCACUCAGUCCGAAAAGGCUCUUACAGAUCAUUUUUGAGAGGCAACAACUAAAUCAACAUAACUGUCUACCGAGUCAAGUGGAGAUACAAAUCAUUACCGUAAUGAGGCGGUGUAGUUCUCGGUGGGGGGGUCUGCUGCUCCUCCUGUCCUCCUAUCUACUGUGUGUCCACUCGGAGGUGGAGCAGCAGCAUCAGCAGCAGGUGGUGGAGAGUGCCGCGCACGUGACCUCUCACGGUCACCUGGACAGAAACAUGGUCCAGGACAAAGACCACAUCAUGGAGCAUUUAGAGGGAGUGAUAGACAAACCGGAGACGGACAUGACGCCACAGGAGCUUCAGCUGCACUACUUCAAGAUGCACGAUUACGACGGCAACGACCUGCUGGACGGGCUGGAGCUGGCCACAGCCAUCUCACAUGUGCACAGAGAGGAGAGAGGGGAGCACAGCCAGCCAAUGAAAGAGGAGGACCUCAUCGUCCUUAUCGAUGAUGUUCUUAAGGACGACGACAAAAACAAUGACGGGUAUAUAGAUUAUGCAGAGUUUGCCAAAUCACUGGAGUGAGGUAUCUGAAAUUCUUCAUGUCAAC